GCUAGAUCCUUCAGGGCGGCACCAUGCCAUUUGCCCAUAUGUCUGUCUGCCUACCUGCCCGCUGGUACAUACCCGUUCAAGUUAGACGAGGAACGAGAGGAGCCUUGUCCUGAUACCAUGCCUCUACUCCCUGGUACUUACUGUCAUAUUGGCCCCCUGCAGCCCUCGAGCUGCAUACAUAUGUAUGCACCAAUACUACUACGUGCUUGCCUAGCUAUGUACGAACCAUCCCUCGAAAGCACAGCAACAGUAUCGAACAGCGAGUUCUGGACCGGGAGGUAGAGAGGGAGAGAAGUCGUGAUUGGACCCGGGAUAUACACACCGGGAAGGCCAGUCCUUCUUGUCGACCUCACCUGCUUUUUACCCCCCUCACCCGGUAUAUCCUCUGCCUGCUUCUCUUACCAGCUAGAUUUAAAAGGUGCACCCGGUUUCGACGCUCCCUAGGAUCGGAUGAUAAAUACUUGCUCUCCUGCUGGGCUGGUUGCUUGCCUCAUCCUAUAAUUGCAUUCCCUUUGGCCCUCUUCUGAGUUCGUCUGGUAUCGAAGGGCUACGUCAGGGUGGACUUGCAGCUGGCCAGCGCUAUUCGUAUCUCCCAUCCACGCCGGAGUCCUAAUACUUCAGGGCUACGCGAAACCUGGCGCGAUGGAACAACAUCAGGCAGGCAGUCCUUCCGUCCAGUCGACGGCUUUACCCACACCCGUCCGACCAGGGACCCCCAAUACGGACGGGACUCCUCAGGACGACAGGGUAGAGUCCCGGGCUUCGCGAAGCGCCGGCCCCGUGAACCCUUUCACGUCACCGUCCGUCUCACGCCCAAAUUCUAGCUACGAUAGCACCGAUGCCCUUGGGCAGGCGCCCGGUCCGCGUUAUUUUCACUCGCGAAGAGUGAAGAAGGGAGAGGUAGAGAAGCCCUGGCUGGAGAAGAAGGACCCCAAGGAGAAGUGGGUUACCAUCAUCCCGAUCCUCGGUAUCCUCGUAGGCCUGGGCAUCUCUGGGUUCUUGGUAUGGGAUGGCAUACGCAGCGUGAUCAAGCAUGAUUACUGCUUAGUUCUCGAGGACAAUUUCGCCACUUUCAACGCGGAUGUGUGGACCAAGGAAGUCCAGGUCGGCGGAUUCGGAAACGGGGAAUUCGUGCAGACCACCGGCAAUGAUGAGAACGUCUUUGUCCAGGACGGCCGCCUCAUCAUCAGACCCACUCUUCAGGAUGCAAACCUGAUUGAAAAUGAUGCGUUGAUCAAUCUCCUCGAGGACGGAACCUGUACCUCAACGCAGCCGUCUGACUGCAUAGCUGCGACUAACACGACCGUUGGCAACGCGACCAUUGUGCCCCCGACUAAGUCUGGUCGCAUUCACACGAAGAAAGGUGCGAGUAUCAAAUAUGGUCGCGUCGAAGUUACCGCCAAAUUGCCCGAGGGAGAUUGGAUCUGGCCGGCCAUCUGGAUGAUGCCCGUCAGGGAUACCUACGGGGCGUGGCCGGCAAGCGGCGAGAUAGACAUCAUGGAGAGCCGAGGAAACAACUGGACGUACGGUCAGGGUGGCAACAAUAUUGUAUCGUCGGCCCUUCACUGGGGACCAGAUCCCGCCAACGACGCCUGGUGGAGGACCAAUGUCAAGCGCGAAGCGUUGCACACUACCUACUCGGCCGGAUUCAACACCUUCGGCCUCGAGUGGUCCCAGAAGUACCUCUUCACCUACGUAAACUCUCGCCUGCUGCAGGUUCUCUACACUAACUUUGACGAACCCCUCUGGAAGCGCGGGAACUUCCCCGAGGCCAGCAGCAACGGUACCCGUCUCGCGGACACUUGGACGGGGACGGGCCGCUUGAGCACCCCUUUCGACCAGGAGUUCUACUUAAUCAUAAACGUCGCUAUCGGCGGUACCAACGGAUGGUUUGAGGACUCGAAGAGCGGGAAGCCCUGGAUUAACGGUAGUCCUAACGCCAAGAAGGACUUUUGGAAUGCGCGAGAUAGUUGGCUUCCUACCUGGACGAGCCCGGCUAUGGAGGUUAGCAAAGUAAUAAUGUGGCAGCAAUGCGACGGCGACGAGGAACUAUAGAGGCCCCGGAAGUUCUCUUGGUGGGGUGGGCACACAGGCGUUUUUUCUCUUUUUACUUUGACGUGCUGGGCUGUUUCAGCACAUGUGGCAUAGGCAGGGCAAAUAUUGGCUACUCGGAUAUCAUAGAGAGAAAGGGUGUCACGUAAUUCAUCGGGAGGGGCGAUCGCUUCAGAACAACACGAAGACAGGGAGGAAACGAGAUACACUAUUACACUAUUCUAAUGGCGGGCAACUAGAAGCGGGACGGCCUCCCCACCCAUAGCACCCUUGCGAACAGGGCCUGAGAUAAUGGAGACACUGGUACACUCUUAAGCGAGAGCAAAUCACUUAUGAUGCGACGACUGAGGUUGGAUUUCCUCCCGAGUUGGCGGGGAGAAUGCGGCUCGAAGGGUGA